AGGUUAUGUCAGUGUUCUUUGACCACAGAGCAGGGACAAACACUAACAGCGUUCAUACUGAUAUUCAAUGGCACCCUACAUUUGCUCUUCUAGCUGUCGCUACUAAAAUAGAUGAUGCUGACAACGAGGCUCAAGGAGCUGUUUCUUUGUUCUUCGAUGAGGGAGAGCCUGUCGAAGAAAUCAAUAUAGAAAAGAAUUGUGCUCCAACAACUAUGUCGUGGCACCCAACCAGAAAAAUACUGUCAGUCGGUUGGGAAAAUGGUGACAUCACUCUAUGGAACGAACAUGAGCAUGAAGGUAGCUGCGCAAGUGAUGGACACAAGGCACCUGUUAAUAUCUUGUCUUGGAGCAGCAACGGUACACGACUCAUAUCAGGAGAUGAGCGCGGUGUUAUGAUUGCGUGGCGAUGCGACUCUAAAGGACAACUACACCAGCUACAAAACUACCAGAAGAGAAGCAGCUACACUCACUGUACCUUUAGACCUGUCCCCGGAGGACAGGAUCCCUUUUACAAUAACUACACCGCGCUAGCACGCGCUGCCGUGGAGGGAGAUGAGACUGCUUUAGACAUGUUCGGAACUUGGAACAAAAGUGGGAUGGGUAAUUCCUUAUUGUCUCAGCCUGGUCAGAUGUACGCGGCGGAGUCACUGAGUUGUUACAUAGGGUCUGAGGACGGGGUCAUCUUCCACAUAGAUGAGAAACUGGUGUUGAGAGAGUGUUCUAACGUGGAAACUAUGAUAAAAGCCAUGUUGAUAUACGAGGCUAAGAACAUCCUGGUGGUGGUAACUACGACCAUGAUGUUAAUUCAAUUUAGUUGUGCUGCUGAUGGGUCACUCACUGAACUGAUGAAGGUGAAGCUGAGUGGUAAGAGCUCUAUCACGUGCGUAGUGUGGACAGGACCAGGUCUGAUGGCUACAGUAGCUGGGGAGGAUGUUGUCAGGCUGUGGGAUCUGGAUAAGGACAACAACUUCUCUCUGGGGGGAGCACUUGAUCAGAUCAACUGUCUCAGUUACAGUGCUAGCAAGAGAAUAUUAGCUGGAGGACUAGUGAACGGUAAGAUAGCAAUGUGGCAGCACAGACCCGGUACAUUUGCCCAGGAGCACUGGAUAGUCCUGCCUACAAUUGACCUGAGUGACAGUUUCAUUCAGAUACAGUGGAGUCCUGCUCACAGCUUGCUGGCUGCUAAUAAUAUCAGUGAUGUUGUGAUACUUAACGAGCAGCCUAUCAGCACUAGCAUCAGUGUUCAGAGCGCGGUAGUACAGAUCAGUCCUUACCACGUGCAACUAGAGACACUAGAUCCACCCAACAUCCUCUCUAUCCGCACUGAUGUUCACAUACGGGGCGUGUGUAACAGUGAGGACCACGUGGUAUUGUGGAACAGCAAGAAGAUUGUUGUGUAUGAGAUUAACGAGGAGAAGAACUUUGCUAGACUUGCUGGCACGUUUGAUAUAGACUCACCCCUCACUGCAAUCUACCAGCAGACCAUCUUCACUGCUGAGACCACCACUAUUACUGCUAGGAACUUCCAGGGUACGAUAAAGCAGACAAUGAACCUAGCAGAACAGGAGGGUAUCCCCAUCAGUAUAGACAUAUGUGGACAUUACCUGGUAGUUGCUACUGACAACGGCUUUGUGAAGGGUUGGGACAUCUCUCGUAGAGAAUCCAGACAGUACAUCUCCCCAAAGAACAUAUCGGAGAGUCUGCCCGAUACCAGCUUAGUCACGGAUGUAAAGGUGAACUGUAACGGGACCAAGAUAGCAAUACAACUCAAAAAGGUGAACGAAGAGCCUGAUUCUAGGCUGUUAAUCUGGUAUGUAGAGCAAGAUAUCUUGUUGGGGUACGACUUUUCCGCGGGACAAACUAUUCAGCCUAUCAGCGACAACGGCAGCGCUGACAUGGACUACGAGGAUCUCAUUACCGGGUGUUUUGUAAAUCCCGAUGAGAAAACUGGAGUGGAAGCAGCAGCAGUAGAGCAGAGCAACUCGGAGGACGUCUCCAGGCGGUACCCCAAGGAAGUGCUCUGGGACCCUCUAGACCCCCGGCUACUUGUGGUACAGGCUUCUCCUCUGUCAGUGGAGAUUAAUGAGAAAACUCACAUCAAGAAACCCACCCCUUCUGGUGUGUUCCGGACCAAGUCCUCCGCGGAGAAGACGCCAGAGUUGGAUGAUAGGAUUGUUUCCCUGUUCGCUACCUCCGAUAACGGAGUGCUCCUUCAUGACAGCUUUCCCAUGGAGCCUGGCUUUUACAAGUUGUUGGGUGUAAGCGUACCUUCGUUUUACUUUAUAUUGCAGCCCGAAGAUAUACAGAAAGCAGAUGGCACGGUCAGUACAGUGUCCAAUGGGGAAACAACAGGGGAGACGCGGACAGAAGGGCUGAAGGAGAGAGUGUCUGCUGUUACGAUGAGAAACUUUGUCGGACUUGAGAAGUCUAACCUUGAGGUGAGGCAGGCAAUGUUGGAUUUCGCUUAUCAUUUGACAAUAGGAAACCUGGACGAAGCUUUUAAAGCCAUCAAACUCAUCAAAAGUGAGACGGUGUGGGAGAACAUGGCUAAGAUGUGCGUGAAGACUAGAAGACUAGACGUAGCCGCACUUUGUCUGGGACACAUGGGCCACGCCAGAGGAGCGCAAGCGCUACGUGACUGUGCGCACGAGACAGAACUUAAUGCACGUGUCGCAAUGCUGGCUAUACAACUGGGAAUGUUGGAAGAGGCAGAACAACUGUACACAUCGUGUGGAAGAUACGACCUGCUCAACAAACUGUACCAAGCAAACAACCAGUGGAGCAAAGCAAUAGCAGUUGCGGAGAGACACGACAGGAUCCACCUCCGCUCUACCUACUACAACUUUGCGCGUCACUGUGAACUCAGCGGCGAUAUCGGGGCUGCUAUCAACGGAUACGAAAAAAGCGAGACACACAGGUUUGAAGUGCCGCGCAUGCUGUUUGAAAACGUGCAGGAGCUUGAGGCGUACGUUAUAAAGAGUAAAGAUAAGAAGUUACUGGGAUGGUGGGCACAGUAUUUGGAGAGUAACGGGGAGAUGGACUCUGCUCUCCAGUUCUACCAGGCAGCUGAAGAUAUAAUGUCGUUUGUAAGGAUAUGGUGCUACUGUGGGAGGUUUGACGAGGCCAUCUCCAUCGCUUCUAAUACUAACGACAGGGCGGCGUGUUACCACUUAGCAAGACAGCUGGAGAACCAGGAGAGAUUUGCUGAAGCAGUGCAGUUUUACGGCAAAGCUCAGGCUUACACUAACGCUACCAGAAUAUGUAGAGCUAAUCAGCUGGACAGCGAACUUAUUAGCUACGCUAUGUACAGCACGGAAGACGACAUGACGAUAUGUGCACAUUACUACGAAGAAACAGGCUCUAACUGGGAUAAAGCGAUAAUGUUGUAUCACAAAGCAGGCCAGGUUGGCAAGGCCCUGGAGCUGGCCUUUGAGCACCAGCAGUUCACUGCCCUGCAACACAUCACUAGCAAUCUGGAUGAUAGUGUCGAGCCAGAAACACUACACACUUGCGCUCAAUUCUUCUUGGAACACCAACAAUACAGCAAAGCUGUAGAUCUGCUUUUACUUGCUAAGAAGUAUCUAGAAGCUCUAGAUAUCUGUAUAGAUAAGCAUAUCUCGAUAACAGAGGAUUUGGCUGAGCAGAUAAGUCCUGAUAAGGAUGCAGAACCCGAGUACAAGAAAGUGCUAUUCGAACGUAUCGGAGAAUGUUGUAUGCUGCAAGGAGCAUACCAUCUUGCAACCAAGAAGUUCACACAAGCUGGGAACAGAGUCAAAGCCAUGCGAGCGUUGCUCAAAUCAGGGGACACUGAAAAGAUCAUAUUCUUCGCUGGUGUGUCCAGACAAAAAGAAAUAUAUGUUAUGGCAGCGAACUAUUUACAGAGAUUGGAUUGGAGAAAAGAUCCCGAGAUCAUGAAGAACAUCAUAACUUUCUACACUAAAGGCAAAGCCCUGGAGUCAUUGUCUGGUUUCUACGAUGCUUGUGCUCAGGUGGAGAUUGACGAGUAUCAGAACUACGAGAAAGCUUUGGGGGCACUUUCUGAAGCCCUGAAAUGUAUGAACAAAGCGAAAAUGCAGGACGUUUCCACUCAAGAGGCUAAGAUUAACUUCCUGAAGAGGAGAAUAUCUCUACUGAAGAAAUUUGUUCAGGCUAGGAGAUCGUACGAAGAAGACACUGAGGAAGCAAUGAGACAGUGUAUGGUGCUGCUGGAAGAGACUGACCUGGACACUGGGGUUAGGUCAGGGGACAUAUACGGCUUUAUGAUCGAGCACUACGCUAGCACUGCCGAUUUUCAGAAGGCGUACCACUUGGUACAAGAGCUGAAGCAGCGACUACCAAACGCUUCUCUGGCGUACUACGUCAACAAUACUGUGCUGGAGCAGAUCAAGAGGAAUGUGGGACUGGAUGAGCCGGCUCUGGACGGAGCUGCCGAUACUUCUGGAAUAGAUGAGGAGAUAGAAGAAGACAUACCUGAGGACUUUGGAUUCUGAGUGGGGUGAAUUCUUGAGAACUUUGAGAAGAAGUGACACUUCACAGAAGUUUUGCAUAAGUUAUUAUUUCAGUCAAAUUGCAAAUG